CAUAAAUCGAGUAGUAUAUUAUUCAGAAGGUAUUUUGCUGUUUUCAAUGUGCAACUAUAAAUCAAAGUAAUAUAAAAAUGAAUUAUUCAUAUUCAAAAAAGAUGUAUUGAUGAAAUUAUGUAAACAUUUGGGAUAAUUUGAUGACGCGUAGUAUUUUUAAUAAGUGUUGUUAGGCUUCUGUUUUUAUUUUGUGUCAUCGCAGUGCAUUUUGUGGACAUUUUGAACUGGAUUAUUCAUUGCUUUAGCUGCUUAUUAAAGACAAUUAUUUAAAUCAAAAAGAUGGGUAACUGUCUGAAGAGCCCUACGAACGAUGAUAUAUCUCUUUUGAGGGGAAAUGAAGGGCACAGCGAACCUCCAGAUAGCUCGGGACUUGGACCCCCUCCACCAUACCAGGAGACAGUCCCUGUGUAUCACCCCACGCCUAAUGUAAGUAGGCCAGCUAAUCAGCUGACAGAGGAAGAACAAAUUAAAAUAGCACAAAGACUAGGGCUCAUCAACCACUUACCCACAGGAAUAUUUGAUGGCAGUAAAAAAGUCAGAGAAUGUGUGAUAUGUAUGGGUGAGUUUGCAAUAGGAGAUUCGGUGAGGUUUUUGCCAUGUAUGCAUACAUACCACAAAGACUGCAUAGAUGAUUGGCUUAUGAGAUCUUUCACGUGUCCAUCAUGUUUAGAGCCUGUCGAUGCAGCCCUUUUAACCACAUAUGAAACCAACUCCAGUUCUAACUGAUAUCUAUUGUAUAUAGUGUCAAAUACAGACCACUCGUGUACAUGUAGAGUGUAAAUAGUAUUUAUGUACAGUUGAUGAAGAGAGGCGCGAACUGUCGAAGAAUAAGGCGUGCAUGGCAAUAAUAUAAUACCCAGGUGCAGUAGAUUGGUAGAUAAUGUACUGCUUACAGUACAAUACAGUGGAGUAGUCCAAUAAUUAACUCGAUGGAUGAACACAUAACUGGAAGCUAGAAAGAAAAAAACAAUGAGAAAACCGUGCCUGCGGGUGAGAUUAAUACAAGAAUACAUUAGGUAGUAAUCUACAAGCAGUAAAAUUUGAUUAACGUAUGAACUAGAAAUCGCUUUAUUUUAUGAUGUGCUACUAUGCAGAGACUGCGAUUAUAAGGCACACAAUAUCUUUGCUGGACAAAGAC